UGCGCUCACAAAAUAAACUGCCAGCCACAUCACAUGCACUCUUCUGUCUGAGGUGCGUUGAGUGGACAUCGGACCUACUGAGGAAGUUGUGAACCGUUUUGGAUUAAUUGUUCUAUUAGAGGAGUCAAUUAUUGACCAAUGAUAAAGUAAUCAAUUUGGAAUUCAGACAGACACGAUAAGAGCAAUGGACUCUGAAGACUGUCUGGUGGACCAGAUGCAGUACAUGAGGUCCCUGCAGGACCUGAAGCACAUGAGCCGACCGCUCAGCGAUCCCUCUGGCCGGUCCUAUGCCAUGACCCGUGCCUGCCAGCAGAGGGCUCAGCAGCGGGAGCGCCUGUCACGCCUCCGUAGGCCCAUCUCUGAGGCCAGCACUUACGACUCAGCUUGCUGCCUGGCCAGCCCAAUGGAGGAGGAGGAGCAGGAAGGGAAGAAGCGGCUAAUGCAGGGCUCCCCCAGCAGUGACAAGAGUCUGGAGUUUGACUCAGGCUACUCUGAGGCAUCCUGGCAGGACGAGGAUGUGGUGCUCAGGAGGACCAGGAACGUACGCGUGUCUAACUCCGCCUGCCUCCGCACCAACCGGGGAGUGGGUCCCGCCGGCCGGAUCCGGCCCAAAUCCACUUCUGACGCUUGUCUGGAGCGCUGGACGUCAUUUGAGGCGAGCAGCGACCCAGAAGACUGGACCACGUCACUGCUGAGCCGCAGCAGGAACAGACAGCCCCUGGUGCUGGGGGACAACAGCUUCGCUGACCUCAUUAAGAACUGGAUGGACCUGCCAGAGUGUCCUGAGCCAGCAGAACUCAAGCCCCAUGCAGGCCGGCGCCUGGCAAAGGACCUCCUGGUCAACAUGAGGAGGAAGCUGGCAGGGAUGUCUAAGAGCGUGGAGAUGAGGGCCAGACCAGCAGACAGCACCAGGGCCAGUAGGGCCGCGGUGGCCCCCAAACGCAUGUCCUGCCCCGUGGGCUUCCAGCCACGCAAACCGUUCUUUCACCAGUCCCACACAGGCCUGCACCAACUGGGAACAGACUUCUACCAGUUCACUGCUCUCAUGAAGACAGGCAGCCGACAACCUAUCAUAUGCAAUGACAUCAUCGGGUACGUCUGAUUGGAGUGAUGUCAAAACUACGGAUUCUUACCACAGAUUUACAUAAUGUUAUUUAAUUUUUUUUAUAUGUGCUUUAUGUUGAAAUAAUGUUGAAAUUGUUACAAUAAAAAUGUUUGUCUAAUGAAAAUA